AUGUUGUGUAUGGGCGGUCAGAUAUGCGGUUUCCAAAUCUUGCAUCCGUGUCAGUGUGAGAACGACGCUGAAACAAAUAACCUUGAAAUCGUCGUCGUCGUCGUCGUCGUUGUCACUGACCGUGCAGACACUGGCACCGAACAGGUCGUUAAACUCGCACCGUUAAACAGUGUAAUUGGGCCUCCAGGUUCUGGCCACAACAACGCCAGUGGAGCAGAGCAGUGCGUACGUCCUUCCGAUCCGCGUCCGAUGACUCGUUCUCUGACGCCCCUCGUCGUUUGCAGUCUCGGACUCGGCUUGUCCCUCGUUCUGUUCGCGCCCUCGCUUUGCGCUGAUGACGGUACACAGCCUCCUCAUCUGAUGCCCCCGGAUCAGACCGAGCCGCCGCCACCUACCAAUCCAAAUGCAAGGGGCUGGAACAACGAUAUCGACUGGGUGCCGUUCGACAAAGGCCUCGAAAUGAUCAAAACGGAGUAA